AUGCGUGCUUUUAUUAUUUCGGAAUACGCUCACCCUUCCAAGAUCUCUCUAUCUGCUCAUGCUCCCGAGCCAGUACCCGCAAAAAAUGAGGUCGUAGUCGAAGUCUUCAGCGCUGGGCUGAACUUCUUCGACAUCCUUCAAUCCCAAGGCAAAUACCAGAUCCAACCUCCACUCCCGUUCGUUCUGGGAACCGAAUUUGCCGGCCGCAUUGCCAAGGACUCUCCAAUCCCCAACGGAUGCCCCUUCAAACCAGGAGACCGAGUGUUUGGCGCAGGCCAAGGGGCUUUUGCUGAGAAGCUCACUGUGGCUUGGACAUGGCUUGUUGCGUUACCCGCGAAUUUGACAUAUGAUGAGGGUGCAGGUCUCUCUAUCACCUGGCCGACAAGCUACGAGGCUCUUGUUGGUCGUGCACAGUUGAAACCAGGCGAAUGGGUGCUUGUCACUGCCGCUGCGGGAGGUGUGGGGAUUGUAGCCGUACAGCUAGCGAAAGCAUUGGGCGCGAAGGUGAUUGCAGCGGCGGGCUCACAAGCGAAGCUGGAUGUCGCCAUGCGCUAUGGUGGCGCAGACCAUUCCGUUAACUACACUAAGCCCGACUGGCAACAAGAAGUGCUCCGACUUACAGGCGGAAAGGGGGUAGAUGUUAUAUAUGACCCUGUUGGUAUGAUUAAAGAUUGUCUGAAAUGUAUUGCGUGGAAAGGUCGCGCCCUUGUUGUCGGGUUCGCUGCGGGGAAAAUUGAGAAGCUCCCACUCAAUCUGGUAUUAUUGAAGAACAUCUCCGUUGUGGGGAUUCACUGGGGUGCCUACAGCAAGAAGGAACCGGGACAUAUUCCUUCUGUAUAUGGCGCCGUCCUUGCUCUGCUGUCUUCUCGUCGCGUGAGACCUGUUGUCUACGAAGAGGUGUAUCCCCUAGAGAAGCUAGCCGAUGGCCUCACAGCACUUGAGCAGCGCCAAACAUGGGGAAAGGCCGUUAUCCGCGUAAGGUCAGAAUCCGCAACUGCCGAGGGGAGAGCAAAGUUGUAA